AUUAAUAAGUUAAAAAACUCACAAUGGUCAUAACGCGGGAAGGUCAGAAACUUCCCAAGAUGGGUCAAAGGACACAUGGCAGACUCUGAGGGAUUGACAGCCUAAAUGAUUACAAAAACCGUGGGAUCGCUUAGCUGUGUCUUAACCACGUGGCAUUCACAGAGACAGAAACUCCGUGUUCGACGCCCACAAAUAUCCAAAUAUCUUCCGGCCAAUAUAAAACACCAAGCUCCCACUCCAAGAACUUCAAACUUACCAGAAUUAGAAAAGAAAGAGAGAGAAAUAAAAUAAAUAUUUUAUCAAACCCAUACAAAAAAGACCUAGAUCAUCUACUUACACUCUACUCGUAACCUUAUCCAGUUUCUUGAAACAGAGUACUGAUCAAUGAACUCAUCAUUUUCUGCCUUUUCUGAAAUGUUUGGCUCCGACUACGAGUCCUCAGGCGGCGAUUAUAUUCCGACAUUGGCGACGAGCUGUCCCAAGAAACCUGCCGGAAGAAAGAAGUUUCGUGAGACUCGUCACCCAAUUUACAGAGGAGUUCGUCAAAGAAACUCCGGUAAGUGGGUGUGUGAGUUGAGAGAGCCAAACAAGAAAACGAGGAUUUGGCUUGGGACUUUCCAAACCGCCGAGAUGGCCGCUCGUGCUCACGACGUCGCCGCCUUAGCUCUCCGUGGCAGAUCAGCCUGUCUUAAUUUCGCUGACUCGGCUUGGAGGCUACGAAUCCCCGAGUCAACGUGCGCCAAGGAAAUCCAAAAGGCAGCGGCUGAAGCCGCGAUGGCUUUUCAAUAUGAGAUGUGUGAUACGACGACGACGGAUCAUGGCCUUGACAUGGAAGAGACGAUGGUGGAAGCUAUUGUAACGGCGGAACAGAGCGACGCGUUUUAUUUAGACGACGAGGCGAUAUUCGGGAUGUCAAGUUUGUUGGAUAAUAUGGCCGAAGGAAUGCUUUUGCCGUCGCCGUCUGUUCAAUGGAACUAUAAUUUUGAUGUCGAGGGAGAUGAUGACUUGUCGUUAUGGAGUUAUUAAUUCAAUUUUCUUGUACAGUUUUGGUAUUAUAACUUUUUAUAAAUUAGAUCCUUUUUUAGAACGGAUCGUCAUUUUUUUUUGGGUGGUGUGAGAAACGAAUGUAAAUGAUUCAGUAAAGGUGUUGUCAAAUGCAAGUGUUUUUGAGUGCAGGAUA